UUUCGGGGGAUGAAAAGUGAACGCGUGAGUGUCGUUUAAAUAAAUUUUCGCAGAAUUGCAGGCUGCCGUCCUUUUUGGACGUCUGACAGCGGCACCGGUGAACUUUAAGAGAUGGGUAAUUGAAAGAAGUUUGAGAUGUGGCUCAGAAGUGAGCAUCUGAGUCGAAGGCUGCGGGGCCGUUUGAGCACCAAGUGUGUGGCUGGACCGAAAGUUACGGAAAGGCGAGUUCAGACUGGCGCUGUCAGGAAGGUGCCAGCCAUUAACAACAGUAGUCAACGCGUAAACACUUCCAGUAGAUGCGGCAGAUUAUCCCGUUGGAGACGACGUUCACCGAAUUUUCUUAAAGAGGCAUGCAAGGAAAACGUUUUACACUUUGCUAAAUCUCCACCAAUCAGACGUGAAAGAGGACCUCGUCGAAGAAAAUGUAUAAAGCGUUCAAUGGUUACAUCAACACCCUUACAUCGUUCUGGGCCUAAAGACGCAAUUAUUCCUCCAAAAUCGGCCAAACCAUCGAAACCAGUUAACGAGUCGAAGGAAAAUUGGAGUCUCUCCGCCCUAUCAGUUUAUCCUUCGGAAGUAAAUGCUUCAGAAUCUGUGAGUCCGCCUUGCUCUGAAGAUUUUAAGCCAACUCCAAACUGUCCAUCUAUAACUGAACUCAUGCCGUCUCCAACCGAAGAAUCACACUCGGACCUUUCGUACCUUUUGGACGAAGAAGGGAGCAGAACUUCUGAAUUACUUUCUCUCCACUACUCAGCAAUAUGCACACCAAACGAAACUUCCGAGGAAUAUUACAGUGUGAUGCACUCGUCUUCGGUGUACAGUAAUCGUUCGUCCUAUCCUCCCGAAAAGUAUUUUCCAAAUGCAAACACCAAGAACACCUCCAUCAACAAUAAUGAAAAGAACAGUGAGUUGUCGAAGGAGCAGUAUUCCAAUGUCGAGAGCGAAUCUUCGAAAUAUGAGUCUACCGUGGUGUACUCGAAUUCCAAAUAUAGUAGUUCACAGAGCAUUUACACUGUGAAUUCUAAUGACACAUCCGAGGCUAACUGCGACGAGAGGUAUAAUUCCGAGGAUGUUGAUGGGGAUUAUCAAGAUGUGAAGUAUAUAGAAGUGGGUGGAGAGGAAGUGGUGGAAAGCUGCGAUGUUGAUACCAUGGUUACGCAUGUUCAGGACGACUGGGAACCUUUUGAUCCCUACGUCUUCAUCAAGCAUUUGCCACCGCUAACAGCGGCUAUGCGAGCCAGAUGUCCCGCUCUUCCUCUUAAAACUAGAAGCAGUCCCGAGUUUAGUCUAGUUCUCGAUUUGGAUGAAACUCUCGUGCACUGCAGUUUGCAAGAGCUUUCCGACGCGUCAUUUCGUUUUCCAGUCGUCUUUCAGGACGUCACAUACACAGUCUUCGUUAGAACUCGACCCUUUUUCCGCGAGUUUUUGGAACACGUCUCCUCUCUCUACGAGGUCAUUCUCUUUACUGCGAGCAAACGUGUAUACGCGAACAAGUUGAUGAAUCUGUUAGAUCCUACAAGGAGGCUAAUUAAGUAUCGCUUGUUCAGAGAGCACUGUGUUUGCGUUAAUGGUAACUACAUCAAGGAUUUGUCUAUUCUUGGAAGGGACUUGUCCAAAACUGUCAUCAUCGAUAACAGUCCACAAGCUUUUGGCUACCAGUUGGAAAAUGGUAUACCAAUUGAGAGCUGGUUUGCUGAUCGUUCAGACAGCGAACUGAUGAAGCUGUUACCUUUUCUAGAAAAUCUUGUGCAUUGGGGAGGCGAUGUUCGACCGCACAUCAGAGAACAGUUUCGUCUCUUCAGUUUUCUACCACCCGAUUAAUUUAAGUAAAUUAUAAAAAUAUGCUUUAGACCGAAUCAAGAGCAGUUUGCUUUUAAUCUGUUCGGUUGGUCGUAAUCGUACUAUAGGAUAAUCGUAGAAUUCCCUAGAGCGAAAUCGUAAGACAUAUUUCCUAGUUGGGUCUAACGACGAGUCUCUCUUUAAUUAAGAAUUAUAAUUGAUCGUUAUAAAAAAAACCUAAAGGUUUAAACAUAAUUUAAUAAAAAAUAAGCAUGUUUAUUUAGAAAAGAAAUCGAAUCUAUCGUUUUCAGUUAUCGAUUUGAAUUCGCGUCGUUAGGCCUUACCGAGAAAUAUUCGCAAUAUUUAAAAAAAGUUGAUUAUAAAAAAUAGGUGCUUACGAGGUGAAUAUCUAGCGGAAUUUUCAAACCAAUGCCAUUAUAGGUUUUAAAACUCGAGUUUUCUUUUCGACGAAUCGACUUUUAUCGAAAAAACUUUCAUUUUCUCAUUCACUAAAUCGUUUUCAUUUUUAUCAUUAUUCUAAUCAAAAACUAAUUUCUGAGAAAUGCACCUCGUACAAAUGUAGGUUAUUAAUGAAUCUUUAAGAUUAAUUUACGUACUGAUUAAAUAUGUCAAUCCACAAAGACAAGAGUGUUAGAAACACACUCUUUAAAACUUCCGAUACCAGCUACAUGUUUAUACAAAUAUUUUAAUGGUUGUUUCUUUUUAUAGUGUAUAAUAUUCGUUCUACAAAAAAAAACGUACUUUCGUGUAGCGAGCAGGAUAUUUUUUUAAAGAUAUGACAACAAAUUGUCGUUCAGAAACGACAGCAAAUAUAUAAUUUUACAUGCCUGUUUUAUGCCUCUUAAAAGAGCCACACAAUAUAAUUAUAAUCGCAAAAGUAGAUAAUUACUUUUUCCUUCGAAAGCUGUGAAUUUUUUAUUUUCUGUUUUAUUACGUGACCAAGGAACUACAAUCAGUGUCAAUUAAAUCUUUAGUUGCGUGUGAAUUUCUCAACGCACGGCCGAUAUUUGCACACUUGAGUGGCAUUUAGCUAACUCUUUUUUCAUAAGCGUUACGCUCUUUUCUAGUUUUAUAUAUUUUAGUGAUAAUAAGACGCGCGGAUUACGUGAAUUUCACGUCAUUUGGCAAGUGAUGUACCUUUUUUGUUUAGUGAGCUUUUAUUUUACUUUUGUCUCGUAAAUUGCCUGCACACAUUCUUUUAGUCAUAUCUAAUCGAUUCGAUAAUAUUAUUCACAAUGUGCUAGAGAUGUUUUCACAUUUUUUUUUUAUAAUAUUUCUAUAAUCAAAAUAGUUGAAACAUGAAAUAGUUUCUAGAAUAACUUUCUUGUAAUCUUGGAGAGGAUCAGCCAUAAGUUAAGGAUAAGCGGGGGCGGAAGUUAACAUUUUAGGGUGGCCUCUGAUUUACCGAUUU